UUGGAAGCCACAGCAGCAACACUGGAAGGGACAAUACAUUUUUUUUGCUUACCUCGGUGUAAAGAGUGAUAUUUAGAAUGGAAGAACUGGGUAUUAUACUCCCUGAGAAGGAGGAAGCCUGCACUUUGGAUCCAAAGCUACCAGGCACGGACGACCUAGACGCCGAAGAUUUGUACAUAAAAUACAAGAAACUAAAGAGACAGCUCGAGUUUCUUGAGGUGCAGGAGGAAUACAUAAAAGAUGAACAAAGAAACUUGAAGAAGGAAUAUCUCCACGCACAGGAAGAAGUAAAGAGGAUACAGAGUGUACCUCUUGUAAUUGGACAGUUUUUGGAAGCAGUGGAUCCAAACACUGGCAUUGUGGGAUCCACAACAGGCUCCAACUACUAUGUGCGUAUUCUGUCAACCAUUGACCGUGAACUGUUGAAACCCAGUGCUAGUGUUGCCUUGCACAAGCACAGCAAUGCUCUUGUAGAUGUGCUCCCUCCAGAAGCUGACAGUAGCAUCUCUAUGCUAAGAGCAGACGAGAAACCUGACGUUAACUAUGGAGACAUUGGUGGACUGGACAUCCAAAAGCAGGAGAUACGAGAGGCUGUGGAACUGCCCUUGACUCAUUUUGAAUUGUACAAGCAAAUUGGUAUUGAUCCUCCCAGGGGAGUGCUCAUGUACGGUCCACCUGGAUGCGGAAAGACAAUGCUUGCCAAAGCUGUUGCCCAUCACACUACAGCUGCAUUUAUCCGUGUGGUCGGAUCAGAGUUUGUGCAAAAGUACCUCGGUGAAGGUCCUCGCAUGGUGAGAGAUGUAUUUCGGCUGGCCAGAGAAAACGCUCCUGCCAUCAUCUUCAUUGAUGAGAUUGAUGCUAUAGCCACGAAGAGAUUUGAUGCUCAGACUGGAGCUGACAGAGAGGUCCAGAGAAUUUUGCUUGAGCUACUUAAUCAAAUGGAUGGCUUUGAUCAGACAACAAAUGUCAAGGUGAUCAUGGCCACAAAUCGAGCAGACACCUUGGACCCUGCUCUCUUGCGUCCUGGACGUUUGGACAGAAAGAUCGAGUUCCCAAUGCCGGACAGGCGUCAGAAGAGACUCAUCUUCUCUACCAUCACUUCAAGCAUGAACCUCAGCGAGGAAGUAGAUUUGGAAGACUACGUUGCACGUCCGGACCGUAUCACUGGGGCUGAUAUCAAUGCCAUUUGUCAGGAGGCUGGAAUGCAUGCCGUGCGAGAAAACAGGUAUGUUGUGCUUGCCAAGGACUUCGAGAAGGGCUACAAGAACAACAUCAAAAAGGAUGAAUCUGAACAUGAGUUCUACAAAUGAAAAAAAGAAAAAGUUGUAUUUUCUGUCAAAAUAAAUUACAUGUAGUGCUGGGAUAUGUA